AUGGUCUUGUUUAAGCGAUUGCCAUCUCUAUAUUUAAGUUAUCAAGUACGUUUGAAGUCAUUCAAGAGCUCUUUGGAUUAUUCACGUGUUCCAAAACUUGAUGAAAAUGAUUUAGAAGAAAAUUUUGUUAAGGGAAGUGGUCCAGGUGGACAAGCCGUCAAUAAAACAAAUAAUGCUGUUGUUUUGAAGCAUAUUCCAACAGGACUAGUAGUUAAAUGCCAUCAAACUCGAGAUCAAAAAAAAAAUCGAACGCUUGCUCGAGAUUUAUUAAUUACAAAAUUAGAUAAUUUAAUGAAUGGUGAAUUAUCCAUAGAAAAUCAAUUAAAAACUUUAAAAAUGAAACACGAAAAGGAUACAGAUCGCAAAAGGAGUAAAAAAAGAGCAUUAAAGGAAGCUUUUAAAAAAAGAGAAUGUACAGAUAAAAGUGAUUCUUGUGAAUGA